GCAUCACUGGUACCAACUGGGGUGUACAUCUGUGUGACCGGGCUCCUAAGCUGGUUCGUCGCUAAGAAGGCAUAUUCGAUCCUGUCACCGCGAUCUGAAUCCACCAAGCCGCACGUUGACUGAAAAAUCCAUCAUGGCUCCGGAUAGCCUUUCCAAUAUCCUUGCACUAAGACGGCCGGGCCCAUUUAGGAGAUCCAAGAACGCGUUCCGAUUCUUCGACCUCCCUCCGGAAUUGCGACGAUGUGUCAUCGACCACCUCAAGCCCCACGAAUUCAUGGCACUGGUCUUCGCAUGCUAUGAUUUCAUGCGUCUCAAGCAUUCCGAGAUCGUCCCGCCCCUCAGCCUCUUCCAUGCGAUCGGCAUCCAUAAAAACACGGGAAAAUUCGAACCGGACUUUUGGGUGCCGAACGGCUGGAAUGAGAACCCCUUGGCGAAGGGGAUGCUGCCGAACGAGGUCCUUCUCAACAUCCUCCGGCAUCUGCAUCCGAAGGACCAGAUCAAUUUUGCCAUCGCGGCGUAUCCCAUGCUUCACUGGCGCCGGCUUGUCCAGCAACUUGACCUGCAAUCUUAUAUGCGAAUGCUGUAUGCGGCGAAUCCAGCACUGCAGUGACAUUUUUAGUCGCCUUCGACCCUGCACCGAUACACAUCGCUAUCGCGCUUGGUGGCAAGUUUGACUAAUCUGGCAACAGCCGGAUUGCGGGCGGCAUAAAAUAUAGACCAGGACCGUAACUUCUAGCAGCAAGGCGUGGUUGUACUACGAACCUGCUCUCGUUCAAGCACCUGCUGGAGGCCUGCCACGUGUUGUGGUUGCCUGGAAGGAAUACCUUAUCGAAUGGAGCAUAUAAGACGAAAUGGCACGAAUGAGAGGAAUUCACAGUUUGGAAAAGUGUCGGUGGCUCGGAUCCCAACUUUCGGGCCGUACAAUGGUG